AUAUCUAGACACUCGAUUACUCAUAUAGCUUCCUCAAGCUAUUAUUUUUCUGAGCGUCUUUGCCAUAAUAAUACAUCAAUCCAUUCUACCUUCGAUCACUGAUUAAGUGAUUAUUCGAACACAAGUUCUAUGGAAGCAGAGAAGAAACCGUUGAAGGUUGGGCCGUUUGGUUCAGACAGUGGAGGAGAUCGUUUUGAUGAUGGAGUUCACUCCUCUGUGAGGCAACUAGUGAUAUGUUAUAGUCCAUCGUCAAUUCGCUACAUCCAGAUUGAAUAUGAUGACAACGGAAAAUCAUAUUGGUCGCAGAAGCACGGUUAUAGCAGCUCCCUGAGUCUUGACAAAAUAGAGUCGAUCAAGCUUGAUUAUCCAGAAGAAUAUUUGACUUCAAUUCACGGAUAUUACAAAAGUACUUGGUACUUACCUACCUACAUUAGCUCACUCACUUUCACUAGCAACAGAAAAGUGUACGGACCAUUUGGAGAUUAUGAAAAUGAGGGAAGAAAAUACUUCACAAUCCAAGUCUCUGGAAGUAAGAUCGUUGGGUUCCAUGGCAAGUCAGAUGAGUGGUUUGAUCUUCGUGCAUUAGGAGCUUACCUUAAGCCUCUGGUUCAUACACCACAAUAUUCCAACAAUAAUAUUAGUCUUGCACCAGUUGCUCAUAUUGGUUAUCCAGCUGCGCAUGAUUAUACGCCGCCUCUUCAGGCUCGUCCUCCUCCUCCAUAUUAUGGUAGUUACUAUACUAACCCUAACCACCCACCACAGGCUGCUCCGACUCCAUAUCCAUAUGGCUAUUAUGUUCCUCCUCCAGGUCCUCCUCCAUAUAAUAAUGGAUACUAUGACUAUCAAAUGUCACAGGCACCACCGCUGCCGCAGCCUGCUGCUCUUGGACGUCCUCGUAAGCCGAAAAGUGCUCCUGGUAAGCCCAAGGCUGCUAAAAAUAAUGACCCUAAAAACGUAUCUUAUAGGGUUUUGGGGAAUGAAGUCAGUGGAAACACAGGAGAUCAUAAUGGAGUUUUCAGCGUUGGCAACAAGAAUACUGGUCUCCACAAGGAAGAUGAUGAAGAAGACGAAGAAUGGUGAAUGAAGGACCUAGAUUUGGAAACUGCGUACCGGUACCCUGCAGUUUGUAAUAGUUCCGAAUUUCUGAAGGCCAUAAUAAGUUUAUACGUACCAAUUGUUAUUAGUCUCUCUGCUGCUCUUCUUAUAGCUAAGAUAUAUGUACUACAACGUUUCAAAUGAAACUCUGAUGAAUGUACGUACUGAAUAUAUGAGGAAAUAGAAGGCAUGAAAUCCACGCUCUUGUCUGAGACUUUCG